AUGGAGCAGUUGGCGAAGGAAGGUGUGAAGCAGAUGGCUAAGGAAGGAAUGGAGCAGAUGGCUAGGGAAGGUAUAGAGGUAGAAGUCAAACCGGUGGGGAUGGAUCAUACCUUCGUUGCUGUGAUAUGCGCUAUCAUAGUCGUGCUAAUCACUAUAGCUUUCUUCCUCUUGAGAGCUCUGAAAGACAAAGCGGAUACAUUCUUGAUGGUAGGACUUAGUGAUGCCGGGAAGACGCACAUUUUCGGGAAACUUGCUAAUAGAAAUUUGGAGCCUGUCACAUACACAUCCUUCCAAGAAAAUGUGCUAGAUGUUGAUAUCAAAGGCAAACAUAUGAAGGUGGUUGACUUUCCUGGAGCAGAGCGCUUGCGAAAGCACUUAAUCGAGAAGUGGCUGAAGAAGGAGCGCUCUUCUCUCCGUGGCAUAGCCUUCGUCGUUGAUUCCUCAUCGUUUUCUAAGCGAUCGCGGGAUGUUGCAGAAUUUCUCUAUGAUGUAGCUUUGGAAAGUGGGAAGAAGGUUCCCAUUCUUGUCGCCUGUAACAAGCAAGAUCACGGGCUUGCGAAAAGCAGUCAGGUUAUCCGGUCAUCCUUAGAGAAGGAGAUCGGAAUGAUCAACAAGACGAGAGCGGCGGCACUCACUACCACCGACGGUUCUUCCUUCCGACACACACUCACUGAUACCGGUGGAAACUUUGCAUGGGAAGACCUUCCAAGAUCUGUGGAGUUUGUCGAAUGUUGCGCAGUUGAUGGUGCAUCGGUU